UUUCAACAAACAAAACGUUUUUAUUAAUUCUAAGGGAUGAUGACUCGAAGCUGGUCGACAAAAUUGCUCACGAGAUAUCAAAAAAGAUGACGAUUUUUGCAACAAUAAGCAAUGGGAGGAACCUAGUUGGGAUUGAUAGACACAUGAAGGCUCUUAACCGAAAAUUGGAUUUGAAUUCCAACAAAGAUGUGAGAAUGGUUGGGAUUUGGACAAGAGGAGGCGAUGGUAGAUCGGCUCUAGCUAAAUAUGUUUAUCAGGACAUGUGUCAACAGUUUGAGAGCCAUUGUUUUCUGGGAAACGUGAAAACGAUUUCUCAGGGUCGCCACUCAGCUCAUCUACACCACGAGUUUCUGCAAAAUAUUCAAAGAGAAAACCCUAACAAACAAAGUCUCAAGAACCAAAAGGUUCUGCUUGUGGCAGACGACGUCGAUAAGGUUAAACAGUUAGAAGCUCUUGCAGGGGAUUUCAGCAGUUUUGGUCCGGGGAGUGUUGUUAUCAUCACUACACAUAACAAGCACUUGUUGGAUUCUUAUGGUAUACAAGAUGUCUACAAAGUAGAUAUUUUGACAUUCCAGAAAAGCGGAGAUGUCGCUGAACAGUUCAAGAAGCACGAGGCUAGAGAAGAAGAUCUUGAUAAAGUAGCUUCAUGGAGACGAGCAUUGACCAAUUUAGCGAGUAUCUCCGGCGAUUGUUCAUUGAAAUGUGAAGAUGAAUCGAAGCUGGUCGACGAAAUUGCUGACAAGAUAUCAAAAAAGCUGAUGAUUGUUACAACAAUAAGCAAUGGGAGUAACCUAGUUGGGAUUGAUACACACAUGAAGGCUCUUAACCGAAAAUUGGAUUUGAAUUCCAACAAAGGUUUGAGAGUGGUUGGGAUUUGGGCAAGAGGAUACAAUGGUAGAUCGGCUUUAGCUAAAUAUGUCUAUCAGAACAUUUGUCAACACUUUGACAGCCAUUGUUUCUUGGGAAGCGUGAAAAGGAUUUCACAUGGUCGCCAUUUAUCGCAUCUACACGAAGAGUUUCUGAUAAGGAUUCAAGGAAGUAAACAGAAUCUCAAGGACCAAAAGGUUCUGCUUGUGGCUGAUGAUGUCAAUAAGCUUGAACAGUUAGAUGCUCUUGCAGAGGAUUUCAACUCUUUUGGUCCGGGGAGUGUUGUUAUCAUCACUACACAAGACAAGCAGCUGUUUGUUUCUGCUGGUAUAAAGCUUGUUUAUGAAGUAGAGCUUUUGAGAUUCCAGAAAGUUUGUGAACUCAUCCGAACAUUCGCCUUUAAAAAGAGAGACAUUUCUGCUGCCUUCAAGUUGGUUUACUACAGGGCAACAAAUCUUGCCACGAGAUGGGAAGAUGACUCGAAGAUGGUCGACGAAAUUACUGACAGGAUAUCAAAAGAGCUGAUGAUUGAUACAACAAGACGCAAUGGGAGUGAUCUUGAGGGGAUUGCUGCACACAUGAAAGCUCUUCACCGAUUACUGAAUUUGAAUUCUAAGAAAAGUGUGAGAGUGAUUGGGAUUUGGGCAAGAGGAUACAAUGGUAGAUCGGCUCUAGCUAAAUUUGUUUAUCAGAACAUCUGUCAACACUUUGAUAGCCAUUGUUUCUUGGAAAGUGUGAAAAGGAUUUCUCAGGAUCGUCACAUGUCGCAUCUUCAUGAAGAGUUUAUGAUAAGGAUUCAAGGAGAAUGCUUGAGUAAAUUAAGGCUCAAGAACCAAAAGGUUCUGCUUGUGGCUGACGAUGUGAAUAAGCUUGAACAGUUAGACGCUCUUGCAGAGGAUUUUAACUGUUUCGGUCCAGGGAGUAUAGUUAUCAUCACUACACAAGACAAGCAGCUGCUUAUUUCUUCUGGCAUAAAACUUGUUUAUGAAGUAGAGCUUCUGAGAUUCCAGAAUGUUCGUGGACUCUUCAGACAAUUAGCCUUCAGAGAGAAAGACAUUUCUGCUGCGUUCGAGCUGUCUUUGGAUAGGGCAACGAAUGUUGCCAUGGAAUGGUUAGAUAAGAGCGAGGGAUGUUGUUCUGUACAGCUUAUUGACGGUGAUGGUAUAUACAAUGUCUCUGGCAUCGAUCAUUUCAUUAAAGAUGUGAAACUUGCAGACUGUGGUCUCUCUUAUGCUGUUGUCUCCAUUAUGGGUCCUCAAAGCAGCGGGAAGAGUACAUUAUUGAAUCAUUUGUUCGGAACAAACUUUAUGGAGAUGGAUGCAUUUAAGGGAAGGUCUCAGACCACGAAAGGUAUCUGGCUUGCAAGAUGUGCCGGUAUAGAGCCUUGUACCCUUGUAAUGGAUUUGGAGGGCACCGAUGGAAGAGAGCGAGGAGAGGAUGAUACGGCAUUCGAAAAACAGAGUGCUCUUUUCGCUCUUGCUAUCUCGGAUAUCGUCUUGAUUAACAUGUGGUGUCACGAUAUUGGCCGUGAACAAGCUGCGAAUAAACCUCUCUUGAAAACUGUCUUUCAGGUUAUGAUGCGAUUAUUUAGUCCACGUAAAACAACAAUGCUGUUUGUGAUACGAGAUAAAACCAGGACACCAUUAGAAAAUUUAGAGCCCGUCUUAAGAGAAGAUAUUCAGAAGAUAUGGGAUUCUGUUCCAAAGCCUGAAGCACACAAGGAAACUCCUCUAAGUGACUUUUUCAAUGUUGAAGUUGUUGCUCUUUCCAGUUAUGAGGAGAAGGAAGAACAGUUUAAAGAGCAGAUUGCUAGUUUGAGACAACGGUUCAUGCAUUCUAUUGCACCGGGUGGUCUUGCUGGAGACAGAAGAGGAGUGAUUCCAGCCUCAGGUUUUGCAUUUAGUGCAGAUCAAAUCUGGAGAGUCAUCAAAGAAAAUAAGGAUCUUGACCUUCCAGCCCACAAGGUCAUGGUGGCUACUGUGCGCUGCGAAGAAAUUGCAAAUGAGAAGUUUGCGCAUUUCAUUACUAACGGGGACUGGCGCCAACUUGAUGAGGAGGUGCAAGCUGGUCCAGUUUCUAAUUUUGGAAAGAGCCUUACUACCAUUCUCGGUUCUUGCUUAUCAGAAUAUGACGGGGAGGCUACAUUCUUCGAUGAAGGUGUCAGAUCUUCGAAGAGACAACAGCUUGAAGAAAAGCUUCUUCAACUUGUGAAUCCAGCGUUUCAAGAUGUAUUGGGACAUAUAAGAUGGGGAAUGCUUGAGAAGUUUAAGGCUUCUUUUGAUAAGGCUUUAGGCAUUGGUGAAGGGUUUUCUUCAGCUUCCCAAGAUUGGUUCAAGACUUGCAUGACCCAAUUCGAUGAAGAGUGUGCAUGUGCCAUCAUUGAACAAGCCAAUUGGGACACAUCAAAAGUACGGGACAAGCUCGUCCGUGACAUCGAGGCUCACAUUUCCUCUGUGCGGACUUCCAAGUUAUCUGAACUUACCAGUCUAUACGAGUCAAAAGUUCAUGAAGCAUUAUCAGAACCAGUGGAAGCUCUGUUGGAAGGAGCCAACGAUGAAACGUGGACAACAGUAAAGAAGCUUCAUCGGCGUGAAACUGAAUCUGCAGUUUCUGGACUCAGUAGUGCGUUAGCUGGUUUUGACAUGGAAGAAGAAACAAGAGAUAUAAUGGUGAAGAGCCUUCAGGAUUAUUCAAGAGGUGUCAUUGAAACUAAGGCAAAAGAAGAAGCUGGACGGGUUUUGAUGCGUAUGAAGGAAAGGUUUGCUACAAUCUUCAGCCAUGAUUCUGAUUCAAUGCCACGUGUUUGGACCGGAAAAGAGGAUCUUCGCGCCAUUACUAAAUCAGCUCGAUCUGCUUCCUUGAAGUUGCUCUCAGUAAUGGCUGUAAUUCGAUUGGGGGAUGAACCCGAUAACAUCGAGAAGACACUAAAUGUUGCUCUGUUGGAUUCAACAAAGAAUGAAGCUUCUAAAAAAAGCAUCACAACAUCUGAUCCACUGGCUUCAAGCACUUGGGAUGAGAUUCCAUCAUCAAGAACUUUGAUCACACCGGUGCAAUGUAAAUCUAUAUGGAGACAGUUCAAGACAGAGACAGAGUACACAGUAACUCAAGCCAUAUCUGCACAGGAGGCGAACAGGCGUGGAAAUAACUGGUUACCUCCUCCAUGGGCAAUUCUUGCAUUGAUCGUGCUUGGAUUCAACGAAUUCAUGACUCUUCUAAGAAACCCUCUCUAUCUCGGUGUCAUCUUUGUUGCUUUCCUUCUGGCAAAAGCACUGUGGACGCAAUUGGAUAUCCCUGGCGAAUUCCGCAAUGGUGCACUUCCAGGGCUCAUAUCGAUAUCAGCAAAGUUUGUUCCCACAGUAAUGAACCUUAUCAAGAACCUUGCAGCGCAAGGCGAAGCCCCUCCUGCAGCUAAUCCAGAAAACCGUCGUUCGAGCAACAACACUUCUUCAUCAGAAAAUCCACCAGAUCAAAAAAGCUCCUCAAAAGAGGACUAAAGAGGAGAGAAACAAACAAUCUUCUUACUCUCCAAAGGUUUGAUCUCCAGUACUUGGCGUUUUUUCCCCCUUUUUCCCUUACUCAUGAGUCCAAAACGCUGCGUUUAUAGGGACCUUUUACUCUGUCUUAGAACUUCUCUUUAUACAUUACGAUUUACGAGUGAACUAAAACUUAAAAACGUUG